AUGGUUGACCCAAUAACUUGCCAUAUCCUAGAUACAACCUUAGGUAAACCAGCAUCAAAUGUAAUUGUUCAAUUAUAUCAUGUUUCAGAUACUUCAGAAACUGCCAAAAUACAACAAUUUGCAAUCAGUAGAACUGAUAAUGAUGGACGAAUUAAAAAUUGGACAUUUGAUCAAAAUAAUGCCGAUAAUGAAAAAUAUGGGAUACAGGGCAAUCAAUGGGUCAAACUAGUUCCUGGAGUAUAUAAGAUUAAAUUUUUAACCGGUAAAUAUUUCAUAAAUCAAAAUAAUAAUAGAACUUUCUUUCCAUAUGUUGAAAUUAUAUUUCAGGUUGAUGAUCCUGACGAACAUUAUCAUAUACCUUUGUUAUUGAGUAAUCAUAGUUAUACUACUUAUAGAGGUAGUUAA